ACGCUCGAUAUACAAUUCUGUAAUGUAAUUGGAAAACAGAAUAUAAAUACCAAUGACGGUUCUCUUCUUCCUCGCUAUAAUACCAAAACAAGUCAGUAACUCUGUUCCAUUGAGGCGCCAGCAGUCAGGAGUCAAGCGUAUAGCAGUAAUUCCCAACAGAAGUAGGCAAUGAGACUAUCAAUUCCUUCCAUUUACCUCCUAUCAUUUCUUCUAUUCUCUCUGCUGCAGCCAACCACAUCUGCUACCAAAAAGUCAUAUGUGGUAUACUUAGGGGCGCAUUCACAUGGCCCAGAACAAUCUCCGAUUGAUUUUAAUCGAGUAACCGAGACGCACUAUGAGUUUCUUGCAUCAUUCUUGGGAAGUCAUGCUCUCGCGAAGGAAUCCAUACUUUACUCGUACGCAAGGCACAUCAACGGUUUUGCUGCAACAUUCGACGAUGAGGUAGCAGCCUCGAUUGCUAAGCAUCCGAAAGUGGUCUCCGUUUUCUUGAACAAGGGAAGAAAACUGCACACAACUCGGUCAUGGGACUUCCUGGGACUCGAGCAUGAUGGGGUGAUUGCUUCCAACUCCGGUUGGAAGAAGGCAAGAUAUGGCGAAGAUACAAUCAUUGGAAACCUGGAUACAGGCGUCUGGCCCGAAUCUAAAAGCUUUAGUGAUGAGGGUUUGGGACCGAUUCCAUCGAAGUGGAAAGGAAUCUGCCAAAAUGAAACUGAUGCUGGUUUUCAUUGCAACAGAAAGCUAAUUGGAGCAAGGUACUGCAACAAAGGCUAUGCCGCAGUUGCUGGUUCACUAAAUUCCUCCUUUGACACACCACGCGAUAAUGAUGGCCAUGGAUCUCAUACUUUAUCAACGGCUGGUGGUAAUUUCGUUGCCGGGGCUAGUAUCUACGGCUUCGGCAAAGGAACAGCAAAGGGAGGAUCACCAAAAGCUCGGGUAGCAGCUUACAAGGUGUGCUGGCCUCCGGAUGAAUGCUUUGAUGCAGACAUAGUUGCAGCCUUCGAUAUGGCCAUCCAUGAUGGCGUUGAUGUUCUGUCCAUAUCACUGGGAGGGCAGCCCACGCCCUUCUUUAAUGACAGCGUAGCAAUUGGCUCCUUCCAUGCUGUUAAGCACGGUAUUGUGGUGGUUUGCUCCGCUGGAAAUUCUGGGCCUAAAGAUGGGACUGUCUCCAAUGUUGCGCCCUGGCAGAUAACAGUGGGAGCCAGCACCAUGGACAGGCAGUUCCGCAGUAAUGUUAUCCUCGGCAACAACAUGCGCUUGGAGGGAGAGAGUUUAUCAUCUACAGUCUUGGGAAGCAAAAAGUUCUACCCGCUUGUUAGCGCUGCAGAUACCAAAGCAGCAAAUGCAUCAGCUGAAGAUGCUCUGCUAUGUAAGAAUGGAACACUUGAUCCUAGAAAGGUGAAGGGAAAGAUUUUGGUCUGUCUUCGGGGUCAAAAUGCAAGAGUGGAUAAGGGUGAGCAAGCUCUAUUGGCUGGCGCCCUGGGAAUGGUUCUUGCCAACAGUGAGAUUGAUGGGAACGAAAUUAUUGCCGAUGCACAUUUACUCCCUGCUUCGCACAUCAAUUUCACUGAUGGUGUCGCCAUCUUUACUUAUUGCAAUUCAACCAAAUCUCCAAAAGCUUACAUUACCCGCGCAACGACAGUAUUGGGCACAAAGCCAGCUCCCUUCAUGGCAGCUUUCUCAUCGAAGGGACCAAGCACCAUAGCACCUGAAAUCCUAAAGCCUGAUAUUACUGCACCGGGAGUUAGUGUCAUAGCAGCCUAUACUGAAGCACAAGGUCCAACAAAUCAAAUAUUUGACGAGCGCCGAGUUCAAUUCAACUCGGUGUCAGGAACUUCAAUGUCCUGUCCUCACGUUUCUGGCAUCGUCGGCCUCCUUAAAACCCUCCAUCCUACUUGGAGUCCUGCAGCUAUUAGGUCUGCAAUCAUGACAACCGCUGAAACACAAGAUAACAGGAGGGAACCAAUUCUCAACGCUUCUUACGUUAAGGCAACACCAUUCAGCUAUGGAGCAGGACAUGUUCUUCCAAACAGUGCCUUGGAUCCAGGGCUGGUUUAUGACUUAUCUAUUAAUGAUUACCUCGACUUCAUAUGUGCUCUAGGAUACAAUGUUUCAAUGUUCUCAGAUAACCCCUAUAAGUGCUCCAAGCUCAUCAGUCUCGCCAACCUCAACUAUCCUUCAAUCACAAUCGCUAAACUUUCAGACUCUAUUACGGUGACUCGAACAUUAAAGAAUGUGGGUUCCCCAGGAACUUACAGAGCUCACAUCCAAGAACCAAGUGGAAUUUUGGUUAUUGUGAAGCCCGAAAGCUUGAAAUUUAGGAAGGUUGAUGAAGAGAAAAGCUUCAAUAUUACACUAAUGGUUAGAGAAGCCAAAGCAUCCGAAGACUAUAUCUUUGGAAGGUUGAUUUGGUCAGAUGAAAAGCACUUUGUGAAGAGUCCCAUUGUGGUGAAAGCAGUCUAGAAACUAAUGCAUGCGAGCUAAGUCUACGUAUUGAAUCAACAGCCUUAUUUUCUACAUAGCGCUUUCUAUAUUUGUACCUGACAUGUAGUUGACAUAAAUAAUGAUUAACAAACGAGGAAAAACAUUAUUUC